GCUUUCCAAGCAUUACAUCCACAGAACAGCGCGAGGUGCCCCACGCGUACGAAACCGUCCAGCCAUUCACAUUUGCGCUCAUACUUCCCACUGCGCUCAGGAUACAUGGACAACUUUUUCGUUUUGUGAAUGUCAGCAGGGAACAUCUCUGAAAUUGUAGUCACAAAAAAACUGUUCACUUCUUAACUGUGUUUUGAUACAAGUCGAAAAUGUGAUUUCUCUCAUGGGGAUAUAGCGUCGUACCAUGGUUUUGGAACCCGGCGUCUCCACCAGGACAUGGGAGUUUUGGCAUUGAUGGGUACAUGAAUCUAAGUUCCGGGGGCCCGAUGCCUGUGAUGGAGGAAGUAAAUAUCAGCAACAGUGAGAGCAACAGCAUGCCGAAGAGCAUUGCUCUCAUCUGCUUCCUGUCCCUGGUGAUGCUCAUGAGUGUCCUGGGGAACCUCCUGGUCAUGACGGCUGUCUGCAAGGACCGCCAGCUCAGAAAAAUCAAGACCAAUUACUUCAUAGUAUCGCUGGCCUUUGCAGACCUGAUGGUGUCGGUGCUGGUGAUGCCGUUUGGUGCCAUCGAGCUGAUCCACCAGAACUGGAUAUAUGGAGAAACCUUCUGCCUGGUCCGAACAUCUCUAGAUGUUCUGUUGACAACAGCCUCCAUAUUACACCUGUGUUGCAUAGCCUUGGACAGGUACUAUGCCAUCUGCUGCCAGCCGCUGGUCUACAGGAAGAAGAUGACAUCACUGAGAGUGGCUCUAAUGUUAGGAGGAUGCUGGGUAAUCCCCACCUUUAUAUCCUUUCUACCCAUUAUGCAAGGAUGGAACAGUAUUGGAAUAGACCAUUUGAUAGAGGAACGGAAGAUCAGCGGUGAUGCAGCCAACGCGACGGCGUGUGUCUUCAUGGUCAAUAAGCCCUACGCUCUGACGUGUUCCGUGGUGGCCUUCUACAUCCCACUGGGGUUGAUGGUGCUGGCCUACCAGCGCAUCUAUGUGACUGCACGGGAGCACGCACGCCAAAUCAGUAUGCUGCAACGGGCGGGGGCCGCCUCGGCAGACAGCGCCGACCACCAGCGCAACCACCGCAUGCGUACAGAGACCAAGGCGGCCAAGACUCUGUGCAUCAUCAUGGGCUGUUUCUGCCUGUGCUGGGCCCCUUUUUUUAUCACCAACGUGGUGGACCCCUUUAUAAACUACACAGUGCCGGGCCAGCUGUGGGCAGCAUGCCUGUGGCUGGGCUACAUUAACUCCAUGCUUAAUCCCAUUCUCUAUGCCUUCCUGAACAAGUCCUUCCGCCGUGCCUUCCUCAUCAUCCUCUGCUGUGGGAGAAAGCGUUACAGCGCCAGGCGGCCAUCCAUACUGGGGCCGGGGCCCCCCUGCUCGGCCACACAGAUCAACGGCUCCACCCAUGUGCUCAAUGGCUGCUCCUCUCUCUCCAAACUCCUGCUCUGGUUCUGCAACACUAGGCCUGUUCCUGUCUAGUGCUGCUUGACAACCUCUCAAGUAUGCUGCCCUGCAUAAUGGAAACCACAUUGAACAGGAAAAGCAGUCGUUGCAAAGAGAGGACACAGAGUCACAGGAGUCCUGCUUCUGACAACCACAGACAGAUAGACAGUCAGACAGACACCUCCCCAUGCAGGCUGAGACAGGGACUGGGUCAGAACCAUCCCUAGAGGGGGUCAUUCUAAAACAGCCUCUCCAACUGAGAAACAGCCAACUCGACAACGUCUCCGGACUUCAUUCUUAGUAGCAGGAUUUGAUUAUGGACUGUGGAACACUACAAGGUGAACAAUGUUGCCAAAGCUAUUUGAAAUGAACUUGGUUUUAAGAUAUGUCUUUCCAUAUUUCCUUUGCUUAGAAAAGGAAGGAAAACACUCCAAAUCUCUCUGAUCCACUAUAGCUCCGUUAGAAGAGAGAAUGUUUCAGUAAGGCUUAGUGUCACUUAGAAUGAAGCAUUAACUUGAAAUGUUCUAAUUUAAAAAAAUGUAAAGGUCUCUUAUCUCUCCCUGUCAUUGGUGCCCUGUACUCAAUCACUAGCAGCCUACAUCAUCUGAUUUCUCUUGAUGUUCUGCACAAUCUUCAAAAGCCGAAAGGGAUAGAAAGUAAUUGAACACACCUACGGUAAAGUAUGAAGUAAUUCAGCUCUUGACCGACUCUUGAUGAGUAUUAUUAGCUGCUAAAAUAUAUAAAGGAUCCAUCCCUUCCCUGUCAUGACUCAUCUCUCAGAUGCCUACAAGGAUGGUCCAUGCAAUAAGAUGGACAUGUUUCCAUGAAAGCUUUUAAAAAGUUCUGGUUGCUGGAGUAAUCUUGGUCACAGUAUUUUGCCUCCUACUGCUGCUGUGUGGUAGUACACUACCGUACUCUGUACAGUACGUGUGUGCAUACUUGAGAUCAUGUCCUCUGCUUUUUGAAGUGCCGCUCUCAAAAUCACGUGUGUUUAGUCCAGUCCACAGUAACAUCCAAUGUCUUAUACAUGACUAACAGUAGCCUGUAAACAUGUGCCAGAAUGUACUCACAUUUUCAUUCAUUUUAUAUUCAUAAACAAUCAAAGGUAUCCUUGAAAUGUAUACGCAGCACUUCAGUCAAUGUUUACUUGCACCUGAAAUGUAAACAUUGGCUUUUUCACUUAGGUUAUUUUCCUGUGCAAUUUAAGAGCAAACCAAUCCACUUGCUGAGUCCUUCAGUAGGCUACCAAUGAGGUCUAGCUCAUGUAAGGUAUUCGCCACCAAAGCCAGCAUUUAAUUUUCUAUGAGUCACCAAAUAGAGGACCAGUGGUUCAGUUAUUUAUAUUUUCUGUCCAAAGCACUGGGAAUAUUUACUUUCAGUAAGCAAUGUAAAGAGAUCAAC